ACAUAGAAAUACUCGUAAUAGAAAUACUGUCUGUAGCUGGAAUUCAGGACCACCUCCAAGACACUAGGUGGCAGAAAACGUAAAAAAAAAUUCGGUAAAGUGAGAUUUUUGGUAUGAGAGGAAGAAACUGUUAUGUUUUGUGUUUUGGAGCGCUUUUGUUCUUGUUAGGUACAGGACAGCUAAUGAACCAGGUUUGGGUGUUGGACCUAUACCGGUCAGAAUAAACAGACUGCCAUGCUGGUUUCUCACAUAUUGAAUGGUUCCCAAUAACCAUCAGCUGACAGGGUGUGUCUGGGCGCUGUAUAUUCAAGUAAAAUUCCAAGCUAACUAACUUGCUUAGAAGCUCCUCUAUAUAGGUUACCACCUUCUUGGACAGAGGAUUGUUUACCGAGUCGUGGGACCGAAGAGCUCUGUUAAAUCACUGGACUGACAGUUUGCUCUGCCGGAGGCUAUUCUGAUCAGUUCCAAGACAGUACACUCAUAGGCUAUUUUUGGCCACGGCGAACUUUAAACAGGGUGGAGCGUGAUGGGAUCGCUUGGGAGUCGGUUCCAGGCAGCUCCACGGGGUGCAGAUGUAGUGGAGGAAGGCCACUGUGUGGUGAGAAGACACAGCUGUGAGUGCAAGAAGAGGAAAAGAGCCUCACACUGUGAGUGUGACAGUGAACCAGAGGAAGAGGACAGCCUGCUGGACACACCUCGCAGAAAGAAACUGAAAAGCACCUCUAAGUACAUCUACCAGACACUUUUUCUGAAUGGGGAAAACAGUGACAUACGCAUCUGUGCACUAGGCCAAGAGUGGAACCUACACAAAGUUUACCUGUGUCAGUCAGGCUAUUUCUCCAGCAUGUUCAGUGGCUCAUGGAAGGAGUCCAACAUGAUGGUCAUCGAGUUGAAGAUCCCAGACCAGAAUAUUGACACAGAAGCCCUGCAGGUGGUCUUUGGCUCUCUCUACAGGGAUGAUGUGCUGAUCAAGCCCAGCAGGGUGGUCAGUAUCCUGGCUGCUGCCUGCAUGCUCCAGCUGGAUGGGCUUAUCCAGCAGUGCGGCGAGACCAUGAAGGAGAAUGUCAGUGUGAAGACUGUGUGUGGCUAUUAUGCGGCUGCUAGCAUAUAUGGCCUGGACUCCGUCAUGAAGAAGUGCCUGGAGUGGCUUCUCAAUAACCUGAUGACUCAUCAGAAUGUGGAACUGAUGAAGGAGCUUGGGGUUGAAGUCAUUGAACAGCUGAUUCAGUCAUCUGACCUGUUCGUUAUGCAAGUAGAGAUGGAUGUCUACACUGCACUGAAGAAGUGGAUGUUCUUACAGCUUGUCCCAUCAUGGGACGGCCCAAUCAAGCAACUCCUGGUUGAUGCAGACACAUGGCUCUGUAAAAGACGAAGUGAGCUGGGAGAGGAAGAGCCGUUUCUGUGCACGGAGCAGGGGACGACCUUCACUCCCGUCUUCAGACACAUCCGCCUGCAGUACAUAAUCAACGACCUUGCCUCCGCCCGUAUUCUGGAGCGUGAUAACAUCAUCCCUCCCGACUGGCUGUCCAGAAUAUACAAGCAGCAGUGGUUCGCCAUGCUACGCACUGAACAUGACAAUGACAAUGGACCCCAAGAGGCCAAUAAGGAGGAAUUUGAGCAGAACAGCAUGCGCUGUGGUCGAAAACUGACAAAAGAUGGAGAUUACUGCUGGAGAUGGACUGGUUUUAAUUACGGUUUUGAUCUGCUGGUUACCUACACCAACCGCUUCAUUGUCUUCAAGAGGAAUACCCUCAGCCAGCCGUGUGGGGGUGCGGUCAGCUUACAGCCACGACGACACCUUGCCUUUAGGUUACGACUGGCUUCCUUUGACAGCAGCGGUAAACUGAUCUGUAGUCGCUCCACAGGCUACCAGCUCUUAACUCUGGAGAAAGACCAGGAGUAUGUGGUAAUGAAUUUGGAUAGUCGCCUCUUGUCUUUCCCACUUUACGUGUGCUGUAACUUCCUGUACACCUCGCCUUCUUCUGAGCGACGAGGUGACGCCAGCGAAUCCGAGACCAGCACCCACAGUGUGUAAAGACUGUCUGGCCAAUAGAUCCAGUAACAUUUUGUUACUUUGCUUGGCUCCUCCCACCCAGCAGCCUUUAAGAGUCUACUUUUUGCUGCCAAUUUUCUAAGCUUUUUUUAAGUGUAUAUCAAUUUUUUAUUGUUUUAUUUUACUCUUAUGUUAGUAUUUCUAAAUAGUUGUUUUUUUUAAUUAUUUUUCUGUAAAGCAAUGCAAUUCAACAGUGUGAGUGUUUUUGCUUAUGGUUUGGCUUUUUCAGUUCACUUCUGGCCAGAUUUAUUUAAUGUUGAAAUUUGUUUUAUAUCAUUUUAUUUUAUGUAGUGUUCUGGCUUGUACUGUGUACUGUCCUGAUUUUGCCAUGUGUUCCUAUUUAUUUGUUGUUGGGUUUUUUUGUACUGUUUACAACUGGUGCUGGCUGUUUACAAAGGUUAUAUUGUUUUUUUACCAGUGUUUGUCAGUGAGGCUUCAUUCAAAGUUCACUGACAUUGGUUUUGAACAAUUGGGCAUUUCAUAUUUUCAAGGAUUCCAUAGUAUUUAUACAUCACAAAGAAUGUGACUUGAUGUAAAUGUAAAGAAGACUUGAGUUUUGGACCAAAAUGACUUAGCAGAAAAGACCUUACAAAAUAAAAGUACACAG